UUGUUUAACUCGAUUUCUUUUCAGGAAAGUGGCGAUACUCUGAUCAGCAUUUCUGACUCUGUUAUUGCACUAACAGGACAGCACAACAUCAUUGGUCGAGCUGUCGUUAUUCACGCGGAUGCGGAUGACUUAGGCAGAGGGAACUCGGAGCAAAGCAAGACUACAGGCAAUGCUGGAGCGCGCGUUGCCUGCGGAGUCAUUGGUAUCCUCUAG